AUGCUGCUGCGGGUGCGCGCCGCCGUGGCGCAGCUGGUGGCGGGGCUGGGAGCGGGGGCGGGCGCGAGCCCCCGCGGAGCCCGGGGCGGCGGGGACGGGGACGGGGCUCCACCGGCCGGCGCCUCCUUCUGCCGGCCGGCCUUCCUCCAGCUGACGCCCGAGGAGCUGCGCCGCGCCGACGACCGGGCGGGCCGGGCGGUGCAGAGCCCCCGCGACGGCCGCCGCCGCCUGCCCUGGAGCACGGGCUACGCCGAGGUGAUAAAUGCGGGGAAGAGCCAGCACAAUGAGGACCAGGCAUGCUGCGAGGUGGUGUUUGUGGAGAGGAGGCCCAGCCUGAGGGGCCGGCUGCCGUCCAGGGAAGGCAGCGGGGAGCUGGAUGGGGGCAGGAAGGGUUUUUAUUUCCACUACUGGGCCUUGUUUGAUGGCCAUGCGGGCAGCGGUGCCGCUGUCAUGGCAUCCAAGAGGCUCCAUCUGCACAUCUGUGAGCAGCUCCGGGACCUCGUGGACAUCCUGCAGGACCCCUCUCCGCCUCCCAUCUGCCUCCCACAUGAUGCGAGGGCUGGCCCUACGGAGCCGAGCCGGGUGCCCCUCACAGAGGAUGAGGGGGACGUCACCAACGAUGCUGUGCCACGGUUUCACCUGGAGAAAGCCGUCUCCCAUGAGAGCCUGGUGAUCGGCGCCAUUGAGAACGCCUUUAAGCACAUGGAUGACCAGAUCGAGCGGGAGCGGGUGUCCCAGCGCCUGUCUGGGGGCUGCUGUGCCCUGGCUGCUGUCUACCUCAUGGGCAAGUUCUACGUGGCCAACGCCGGCGACAGCAGGGCCAUUAUCAUCCGUAACGGGGAAAUCAUUCCAAUGUCCAGGGAGUUUACUCCAGAGACAGAGAGGCAGAGGCUGCAGUUUUUAGCGUUCCUGAGGCCUGAGCUGCUGGGGAAGGAGUUCACCCACCUCGAGUUCCCCCGCAGGAUCCAGCCCAAGGAGCUGGGGAGGAAGAUGCUGUACAGAGACCAAAGCAUGAACGGCUGGGCUUACAAAAAGAUAGAAGAGGAUGACCUGAAGUUUCCACUUAUCUACGGGGAAGGCAAAAAGGCUCGGGUGAUGGCCACAAUUGGGGUCACACGGGGCCUGGGAGACCACGACCUCAAGGUGUUCAGCUCCAACAUCCACAUCAAGCCUUUCCUGUCCUGCUUCCCGGAGGUCAGGGUUUAUGACCUCACGCAGUACGAGCACUGCCCUGACGAUGUUCUGGUCUUGGGCACUGAUGGGCUCUGGGAUGUCACCAACGACAAGGAGGUGGCUGGCGUGGUGAUGGAGGUGCUGACGAGCUAUGAGCCCAAUGACCCGUGCAGGUACACCAUGGUGGCCCAGGAGCUGGUGGUGCGGUCCAGGGGAGUGCUGAAGGAGCGGGGCUGGCGGCUGGCCAACGACAAGCUGGGCUCCGGCGACGACAUCUCUGUCUUCGUGAUCCCUCUGGGUGGCCCAGGCAACUACACGUGAUGCCUGAUGACCCCGCGGCAGCAGGGCUUGCCUUGCCUGGAUGAAGAGAAGCAGGGUGCUGGCGCUGCCUCGGGGCCACCUAUCCCCCAAGCACUUGUUUUCUGAGCCGACUGCAAGAAGAGUAAGAAACCUGGAGCCUCUGUCUGUGCCCCUGCCCAGAGCAUCCCCUUCCUCCUGCUGCAUCCCAGCCCCGGGUGGCGAUGGAAGGGCCUCGGACAGAGAGCGGGGAUUGGGGUCAAGGGAUGUUUUUUGUGCUGCCACUUUCUUGAUUGCUGUGAAAAGCCUAAAGGCUCCCUGGCUUCUCGGGGCAUCCUUUGCACCUCGCCCUGGGGCUGGGUGUGCUGGUUCCAGCAGUGUGCGACGGCCAUCGGGCUGGUGGGGCACUCUGGAGCCAAUUAUUUAUUGCUAACUGGAGAGCUGAGCUGGAAAAUGUCUAAAUCCUUUCUUGGUGUGGGGAGUCUGUAUGAAUAUAUGUCUAUAUUUUUGAGCGGUUCGAAGUUGGCCACUGCUGAGCAGCAGUUGCACACAGAGCAGCCCUAUUCAGCCAAGCUUAACAGCUUAAAUGUGCUGCAUGGAUCUGCUUAGCUGAGGGCUGGAAACCCACAAUAAAAGCAGCUUGGUUGUGACUGGGGCGGGGAAAGACAACUCCCUCCUUUUUCUUAAUAAUCUCGAAGCUGGUGCUGAGCAGAGCUGUAGCAGCAGUCGAUCUCUGCGCAGGAUGUUAUUUUGCGUCACACAUACCUCUGAUCUGGAGGAUGCAUUUCCUGGACCUCUGCAGAGCGUUGCAUCCUCCCAAAACAGGAGGGAUGGUCCCGUCCUGGCAGUGCAGUGAUGGGGAGAGCUGGGCCAUGGUCCCUUGUUUUGGAAAGGCUCUGUGGCACCAGCAGUUUGUGUCCUGCUGUCGCUGGGUGCAGCCAGCUCUUGUCAAGUGUCACCUCUGGUGAAUGUUGUUUGUCUCUUGUAAUCAGUGAGAUGUAAAUAAACUGGGUGCACUUAAUGGGAAGUGAAAGUUAUCCAGCGAGAUUUUAACCUAUUGACAUCUUCUGUGCUGAAGGGAGCAGGGAGUGGUACCGGGGCCGGGAACCUGUUCUUGCAUAGCACUGUGUUUAAAUAAACGU